CUCUCUCUCUCUCUCUCUCUCUCUCUCUCAUUUAUAUAUUUAUGGAUAAUUUCGCUUUAUCGUGUAGAGAUGACCAGUUUCCAUGACCCAGACCGAGACCCAGAGCAAGUAAACAAAGGUGACCUGUUGCCCCCUCACUGCCACGGCCCGGACCUGUGGUAGAGAUGUGGUACCACCAUGAUGCUUCUCACCAUCCUCCUGUCCACCACACUGCUUCACCACACCCUUAGCACCACCACCACCACCACCACUCUCACUACACCCUGCCACCAUACCCACCAGAACCUGACACAGACACACACACACCACACAUCACAGCCACUCACCACACACCAUCAUCACUGCCACAUCGCAUAAUAGCAUAAGAAAACGCAGCACAGCACAGCAUGAGCAGAACAGCACAGUGGAGGAUGGAGAAGGAGGAGGAGAAAGAGGAGCAAGGAGGAGGAGGGCAGGAGGAGGAAGGGGAAGGAAAUGAGACAAAGAGGAAGAAGAAAAAUCAAGAAUCUUUCACUGUGGCUGGACCAGAACCAAGUCAAGAUGUUUAGUGGUUACCUAAUGGAGAUCUUCGUUAUCCACGAUGGCCGCAUCCUUCCUUACAUUCUUGACCCUAAUUUUGAGAAGCAGCUCCCUGUUAUCCCCGCCCAGGUAGAGAACGUCACCUUUACCUGGAGUGCCGGGAACAAGAAGUACCGGUACACCUUUGAUCAGCUGCAGUCACAGGAGGAGGCACUGCUGCAGGUGCCCACACUGUCCAUCGCCCCACACGGCACUGUCCCACGCAGACCCCAAGUGUUCUCGGUGGACAUGCGGUGUACUGGUAACCUUUCUGGCAUAGCGACGUUCAGUAUCGGCCUUCUCAUCCACACCCAGAAGAAGGAACUGCUGCCGGGGAUGCCUCUGCGACUUAGGCUGAGGAAGGAGUGUCGCCAACAGGGGCCAGAUCCAGAGUGUGACCAGAAGUGCCAGAACGGAGGCGUGUGUGAUGCCAGCCAGCAGUGCCAGUGUCCUGAAGGUUACAUGGGCCAGUACUGUGACACGGCACUCUGCUAUCCACAGUGUCUCAACGGGGGAUCCUGCACUACCCCUGGCCGCUGCUCCUGUCCCCCGGGGUUUCAAGGGCGCCACUGUGAAGGAGGCAUCUGUCAGACGAAGUGCAAGAACGGAGGCAAGUGUAUACAGAAGGACAGGUGCAAGUGUCGCCGUGGCUUUUUCGGAAACUGGUGUCAAUACAGUCAGUGUUUCGUGGCGUGUAUUAACGGGGGAAAGUGUCGCGGGGUGAACAAGUGCCGGUGUCCCUUGGGGUUCGCCGGGGAUCAUUGUGAGGUGGUGCUGGUCCAGGGAAGGCCGCCGCGCCAGCCCCACCGCUGCCGCCGCCGCUGUCGCCACGGGACAUGCCACGGAGGAGUGUCAAUGCCUCCAAGGUUACUCCGGGAGGUGGUGCCGUAGACGAGCAGGAAGAGGAGGAGGAGGAAGACAACGAGUGUGGGUAAGAUGAAACACACACACACACACACACACACACACACACAUGAGAAUACAGUUAGUUCCUUUUUAGUAUACAUGAUUUUUAUACUUUUCUUUUUUUCAUUUUUUCAUAUGUAUAGUUUAAAAUUGACGUGUUUACAGAUGUACGGGAAUUGGCGUUUAAAAUUGACGUGUUUACAGAUGUACGAUAAUUGACGUUUUCUGAUAUGUCAUUGUUUUUUUUUAUUAUUUGAUGUACUAUUAUUAUUAUUAUUGUUAUUAUUUAUUAUUAUUAUUAUCUGUUAUUAUUGUUAUUUUCAGUAGUUUUCGGUAGUAAUAGUGUAUAAAUAGUAACUUAACUGAUCUCGUAGUUUAUAAUUGGCGUUAAUUAUUUUAUCACUACUACUACUACUACUACUACUAUUACUACUACUACUAUUACUAUUUUUGUUGCUGCUCCUACUGAGAGAGAGAGAGAGAGAGAGAGAGAGAGAGAGAGUUUGUGUGUGUGUGUCAGGAUGUCCGACUUCCUGUGCGGAUAACGUGACAUGAAAUUAUAAAUGAAUGAAUCUCAAAAAGUAAAGGAAGUGAAUGAGAAGUAAGAGAAGAAGGAAAUUAAUAAAAGAAACACACCGUUAUCUGAGUGAAAAGGAAUUCCAGCUAAGAAAUAUGAUAAAUAGAUAAUAAAAGCUCAGAAUUAGUGCAAUAUGAGGCAGAAUUGAUUACCGGUAUCUUUAUAUCUAAUUUAUAUAUUACUAAAUUAUAUUAUACGAGGCAGGUUUUAAAUUCUUUUCUUAUCUGUUCAUUUUAUUUUCAUUUAUUUUGUCUUUUAUUUAAUUAUUACAUACCGUUCCUUUUUAUUUAAUUAUUACAAAUAGGCAUGUUUUAAAAUAUUUUCUUAGUUAUUCAUAUUUUCAUUUUUCUUUCUUUUAUUUAAUUAUCACAAAUUGGCUCGUGUGAGUAUAUCAGUAUAUUUUUAUAUCCAUUAUAUAUUACCCUUCACUACUAACAUGCGGUGCUUUAGUGGAAUAAUGGCCAUAGUAUAUAUAACUUUUGUACAUCGUAAGGUAAAUCGAUAGUAGAGAACGAACAUCUUCUAUUCCGCAUAUGUACGUAAAUAGUAUAGUUUCUCUAUUAUUAUUAUUAUUAUUAUUAUUAUUAUUAUUAUUAUUAUAGAACCUACUUGCUUUAAUUCCAUAGGCUGUGUAGAUUAGGCAUAAUUAGUUAGUCAGGCUUAUUUUGUUAUUGUUACUGUUGUUGUUGUUAUAAUUAAUUAGUUAGGAAAUAGGUUUAAUAAUUUCACCAACCGAAUUUGACAGAGAGAGAGAGAGAGAGAGAGAGAGAGAGAGAGAGAGAGAGAGAGAGAGAGAUCUAACUCCACCCUUCAAAUUUUUAAUGUAUGAUGUAUCGGUGUGUGUUUUGUAUGUUUGUUUGUCUGUGCUGAAGAUAUACACGUGCUUGCUAGAGAGAGAGAGAGAGAGAGAGAGAGAUUAAUUAUGCUUUAAAAUGCUUACAUAAUUAUUUUCCAUUCUAUUGUUAUUAUUAUUAUUAUUAUUAUUAUUAUUAUUAUUAUUACUUUUAUCAUUAUCAUAUUAGUGUCACCAUUAUCAAUAUUAGCUAAGUAGAUGCCACUGUAUCAUAUUAUACCAGUAAGUGUAUCUGUGCCAAACUGUCAGUGCCAUUACUCAAUAAAAGGUGCCAAACUUA